ACCUGGCAACGGGAGGAGAAGGCUGGGCCGGACGCUGCUGCCCAGGGACCAGAGGGACCCCACACCUCGGGAUCUGGGCCUGUGCUGCAGGCUCACCUGCCUCUCCCUGCCCAGAAUCAGUGGAGGAACAACCAGAGCAGACUGCGGUGUUCCUCGACGUGACGACGGGAGGAGAAGGCGGACAGGAGCAGGGCUCACGCAGGGCUGAGCAGGGACUGGUGCCCUCGUGGCUCUGGGCCUGUGCUGCAAACUCCCCACACUCUUCUCUCUCCCACAGAGAGAGGACCAGCACCUGGAGGAGACGGUGGCAUUUCAGGACAGGGACUCACCACUGACAGCUGCCAUGUCUCACAGCAAGCAGGAGGGCCCUGGUGCCAGGGAGCCAGCCUGCAUGCUGUGUCGCCGUGCAGAGGCUGACCCGGACAUCUGCGGUGACAAACUGGAGGACUGCGGGCUCUGUGCCCACGUGUUCUGCCUGUUCUUUGCCACUCUGCUUUUUCGUCAAGACAAUGAUCGUGUUGGACUCAUGGGAUUUCUUCCUAGAGAUAUCCAAAUUGCAGUCUGGCGGGCAGCACUAAAGCACUGCUGCGUCUGUGGCCAGAGCGGGGCAACCAUCAUGUGUUGCAAGGAGGACUGUGACAGAUGGUUCCACCUGCCCUGUGCCAAGGAGGGCAGCUGUGUCACACAGUAUAUUCCAGAUUACAGCUCCUUCUGCCCUGAGCACCGUCCAGAGCAGGACGUGGAGGCGACUCCAGAGCCGGGCACCGAUUGCCUCAUCUGCAUGGAGCCUGUGGAGGAUAGAAAGACCUUCAGAACCCUGGUGUGCCCAGCGUGCAAAAGGGCCUGGUUCCACAGGGACUGCAUCCAGGUAGGAGCCAUCCCCUCAGCCCGGGGCACAGCAGGUGCUCAGCAGCACCAGGGCCUGCUCACCCUGCUUCUGUUUGCCCUGCAGGGACAGGCCAUGUGUGCUGGUGCUUUAUUCUUCCAGUGCCCCCUGUGCAGAGAUGAGGCGGCAUUCACAGUUGAAAUGUUCACCAUGGGGAUCCGAAUUCCCUUCAGACUGCCAACAUGGGAGGACAAUGAUGCCUUUGCGGAUCUAGGAGAGAGGCACAGCAGGUGCACUGCCAGGGAUUGCCUUUACCCAGGAGGCAGGGAGGAGGCAGAGGAAGAGGGGCCCUGGGAACUGCUCCUGUGCUCCUCCUGCGCUGCUGAGGGCACCCACAGGCGCUGCUCUGGCCUGAGAAACCGCAUACAGAGCUGGGAGUGUGACAGCUGUGCUGGUCUCGGAACGGGUAGGAGGCAAAGCAGCCGGUGCCCCUGGGCUGGGGACAGUGCCCAGGCUGGGCUUGGCAGAGCCCGUCUGCUCCUGAAGGGCUGGGGGUUCUGCUCUGGCCUGGCUUGCCUCGGGCCUGGGUGGUCUUUGACAUUCCUGCUUGGCCUUACAGCUUCCAGGGAUGUGUCAGAGCUCAGUGGCCCCAGCCUGACCAGACAGUCAGGACUGGAGCCUGCUCAUGGCUCCUCAGCACCUGGCACCCUGGUGCCAUCGGGGCUGGAUCCCCAGUCUCCAUCUGCGGAGACCAGCAGCAGCCACCAACACAUAGUAUGCCUGCAGUCUCUGCUGUCUUCUUCACCGGACACCAGCAACCCCAGCACAUCAAGCUCAACGUACAGCAGCUCCUCUGACCCUGAGGACAGGGUCCAUUCCAGACGUGCUGGGCCCGGCUGCAGGCCAACCCGCUCUCGCCAGCAAGGUCGGGCCCCAGAAGGACCCCUUCGAUGGAGGAGUCACUGUGACAGGAGCAGGAGGACAACCACAAGGACUGAGAGGCCCAGGCCAAGGGAGACACCUUCACAGGCAUCCCCCGGACACAGCCGCGCCUGCCAGCAAGGUCAGGCCCAGAGUCCGCCUGCCCAGUCCAGGAGUCGCCGUGACAGGAGCAGCCGGACAAGACCAAGGACUGAGAGGCCCAGGCCAAGGGAGACAUCGUCAGGGACAUCCCCCGGACGCAGCCGCUCCCGCCUGCAGCGCCGGGCCUUGAAUCAACCUGUCCUGUCCAGGAGUCGCCAGGACAGGAACAGGAGGACAGCAGCAAGGGCUCAGAGGCCCAGGUGCAGGGGGGCACCGUCAGGGGUGUCCCGCAGGAGCAACCACUCCUGCCAGCGACGCUGGGCCUCAACUGGGACCUACAACAGCAGCACAUAG